AUGCAGUUGAGCCAAAACGUGGCACGGACGACGGUGCCAUCCUACUACCACAUCCGCACCAACCUUCCGCAGCGCAAGCCACAGAACCAAUGGGAGGGCGUCUACUACUACAGCGGCAUCACGAAGCGUCAACAGCACGUCGUGCUGUUGCAGCGCAAGCGUGAGCGGGAGAUGUACCUGCGCCAGUACAACCAGAACGUCGCCUCCCUUCGUCGACAGUACGCGAAACAUCAGGAGAAGCCGCUUGCCUCGUUACCGGAGAGGUUGACGUUCGCCAGUCAGCUGGCGAGUUGCGGCAUGCACAACGAGGCAGCCGCACUAGUGGAUGUAAUGCAUGGGAGCAAAGAGUUACGCGCUAUGGACUACAUUCAUCUGAUCAGCUCCCUUCGAGCCAGUGACCUCGGCGCCUGCAUUCUGCACAGUGAGGCAGCCUGUGACCCUGCGUUGACCUUUAAGCUACUGGGUGAUAAUGCAGGCGCAGAGCGGGCGGCUGAAGCGUACCGGUGGUACGACAUGGCUAUGUCUGCCCUAGGGCAUGAGUGUGGCAGCUUUCGACUCGAGUCGACCCCUACUGCUUCUCAGCUGACGAACGCGCUCAUGCGCACCCUCAUGACGUGUGGCUACGCACAUGUGAAGGCCAUUCCAAACGCUGUGUACGAUCGCAUGGGUGUCCGUGGCAUUAGCCCGACGGCAUCCACCUACGAUCUCGUCGUUUUGGCGCUGGCGCUCACGGGCAACGUUGCGGAGGCUGAAGACGUCUUCCGUUUUGUGCGGAGUCGUCACGCAGAGCACGUCACGAUUCGCGGCUACAACGCGCUGCUGCUCGGCAACCGCGAGGCGAGGCUUUUUGACCGCUGUGAUGGGCUGUGGCAGGAGCUGGUUGACCUCCGCUUUCCACGCGCGAGUCCACUGACCGCGGAGCUGUACCUCCGCAGCGUGGUAGACCAUGCCUACACCCCCACCUCCGAGGGCCUGCAGCGGUUCGGCAGCGUUCAUGCGGUGGAGAAGAAGAAGGUGCCGAUUGUGCUGGCGCAGAUGGAUGAGCUCGGCAUUCCGCGGAUGCACCUCUCUGGCCCGCUGCGUGAUGAGGUGGAGGAUGCGCUGCGCAAAUUUUCCAUCUACCGCAACCGCUUCUACGAGUGGGGCCGGGCAGUCAAGCAGUUCGACUUCAUCGAAUUCCGCCGCCGCCACGGGUGGAUGUACGACUUGCAUCUCAUGAAGAACACAACCAAGAUGCUGCCUCCCAUCCGUGACCCAUCGCAGCCAGACAGUACCAUGGCCAGCGCCGCCAUGGUGGAGCUUCCCGCCUUCUUCACGGAGCGCCACCCGUGGGAGCGCGACGCGCUGGAGUCGUUGCUAUCGGUGACGAAGGAGCGUGAGCGCAUGGAUGAUGUGCGGGCUGGCGACAUUUACUACGAUGACACCAAGAGUAUCCACGAGCGCAGCAGCACGUGGAUGAACGAGGUGCCGGAGACGCGGUACGACCAGCUGUACGGAAUCAACCACCCCGAUGUGUCGAAGAUCGGCAUCCGCGCGCAUCUGGAGGUGGAGUACACAAAUCGGAAGGAGGUGAUGGAGAGGGACGCGGCGCUUGUGAGGAAGUCAAUCCGUCGUGGCCGCCGUCUGCGCCACCGGGUCGAGGUAUCGCGAACGCACCGCAACGCCGGUUCCCUCACAGCGAAGGCGGGCAAGUAA